ACAAGCACUUGAUGAUGCACUGGUGGAGAUGGUGGUGAAGGACUUGCAGCCGUUUUCUGUGGUGGAGGAUGAGGGCUUCAGAGCAUUUGUGGGGAAUCUGGAUCCAGCCUACACUCUUCCAACAAGAAAAGCAUUAAAGAUCAUGGUGUGUGAGAAAUACCACACAACCAAGGAGAAGGUGAAGGCUGAGUUAAGGGAUGCAGCAGUUUGUGUCAGCCUGACAUCUGACAUGUGGACCUCCAAUAACAUGGAUUCAUACCUGGGCGUUACAUGCCACUUCACCAAAGAAGAUACAUUAUGUUCAAGACUGCUGGGUGUCACUAAGUUCACUGGAACACACACAGCAGAGCAUAUUAAGGAUGCAAAGGAUAUGCUCAUAGCAGACUGGGGUCUGCAAGGCAGAGUCAUGUGUCUUGUUACCGACAAUGCAGCAAAUAUGCUUCUCUGUGCCUCACUGAUGAAAAUCAGUCAUGUUUCAUGUUUUGCCCAUACACUGAACUUAGUGGUAAAGAAGGCCCUUGAUGAUACUGCUGAUCUGGCAGCGAUCCGCUCAUAAGCAAGGAGGAUUGUGACAUUAUUUAGAAGUAGUUGUACAGCCAAGGACAGGUUGGCAGAUGUCUAAAGACAGAUGGGCAGGCCACAACUGAAGCUGAUUCAGGAAGUGGAGACACGAUGGAACAGCACCUUCUCCAUGUUCCAGCGUCUGCACGACCAGAGGGAGCCAGUAGGAGCUGCUCUCUCUAGUCUGAGGACAGAAGUGACAGCAAUGUCAAGUGCAGAAAAUGACACCAUCUGCCAGUCACUCUCCAUCCUUGCCCCCUUCAACCAUGCAACUGUGGAAUUGUCAGCUGAGAGAAAUGUGUCAGCCUCCAAGGUUAUUCCGAUGGUGAGGAUGAUUCAGCACAGCAUUACAUUGAAGCUGACUGAUACGCGCGACCCCACAGCAGCAGAUUUGGGGGACAAGCUGGUGCGAUGUUUGAGGGCCAGGCAAUGUCCAGAGACUGUUCAUUGCCUACAGGCUACAACUAUUUUUGGAUCCACGAUUCAAAACUCUGGGAUUUGGCAACCCAGAUAACGUCAAGGAUGCACUAAGAUAUGUCACGGCAGAGUGUGCAAAACUGAUGAAAACAACAGCACCAGCUCCCACGCCACCGUCACCAGCUCCCACGCUACCUCCACCAGCUCCCACACCACCUCCACCUUCACCAGCUCCCACACCACCUCCACCAGCUCCCACGCCACCUCCACCGUCACCAGCUCCCACGCUACCUCCACCAGCUCCCACGCCACCUCCACCUUCACCAGCUCCCACACCACCUCCACCAGCUCCCACGCCUGGCACCAGCCAUCAGACACAAGAUAGACUAACAACAUCAGAGGGACACCAGGGGAGUGUCAAAGAAAAUAACCUGUGGUUACUCCUUGACAACCAAGUGAGUGACACAUGGAGAGUGCAGAGCACUACCGCUAGUGCUACAAUUGAGGUACAACGGUACCUGGUAGAUGCCUACCUGGACAGAGUGGAAGACCCCUUGGUUUACUGGGCCAGAAAUGCAGUGGUCUUCCCUCACCUUUAUAAACUGGCAAUGGUCCAUCUGGCCAUCCCUGCAACCUCGGUGCCAUGUGAGCGCAUUUUCUCGAAGGCUGGCCACGUGGUUGAUAACAAACUUAAUCGCCUGAGCCCAGGCAUCCCGGCGCACAGCAGCUAUCCACCAUGUUGA